GUAGGUGGCGGUGUGGCGCCUUCAGCACAGAUGGUCACUACACUCAAGUCAUCAAAGAAGACCGGAACCGUGGUGGAAACGUGCAGCCUGUGAGUUGGUUUGAGGGAACAGGUUUGUGGUUCAUCCAGGUAUCUGGUCCGUUCUUCACGUCACAGCAGCGGGGCUCCGAGCGCAGCGCGGGUCCGCUCCCCGCAGAGCAGCGACAGUCCCGCAGCCAGCAUCCGCUCUCUGAUGGCUGCUGCCGUGGACAAGACGGAGGUUCGAGCCCCGCAGCCCGGGGAGGGUCUGAGCGCGGAGGACGGACGCGCGGCACCGAGCCCGAGCCUGUCCAAGAGGCAGCAGAAGAAGCUCCUGAAGCAGCAGAAGUGGGAGGAGGAGCGGGACCUGCGAAAACAAAGGAGGAAGGAGAGGAAGCUGCAGCGCCGGCAGCAGCGGCAGAGCCUCCAGGAGGAGGAGAAAGCUGAUCUUCAGAAUGCCAGGAAGCGCUUCCGCCGAGAGUCCAGGCCCAGCUCGCUCAGGCUGGUGGUCGACUGCAGCUUCGACAGCCUCAUGCUCACCAAGGACGUCCAGAAGCUUCACAAACAAAUCCAACGGUGCUACGCUGAGAACAGACGAGCAUCACAUCCUGUGCAGUUUUAUCUGACGAGCAUGGGAGGCCAGCUGAAGCAGAGCAUGGAUGAGAAGGACAAAGGAUGGGUGAACUGGAAGGACAUCAGGAUUAAAACCGAACAUUACAGUGAAGUUCUGGCUAGAGAAGAUCUGGUGUACCUCACCUCAGACUCUCCCAACGUGCUGACGGAGCUGGACCACAGCAAAGCCUAUGUGAUUGGAGGCCUGGUGGACCACAACCACCACAAGGGAAUUACCUUUGAGAAGGCCAAGGAGCUGGGGAUCGACCACGCUCAGCUGCCUCUCAGCACGUUUGUCAAGAUGAACAGUCGGAAGGUUCUGGCUGUUAACCAUGUCUUUGAGAUCAUGCUGGCGUACCUGGAGAAGAGCAGCUGGCAGGAGGCCUUCUUCACCGUCUUGCCACAGAGGAAAGGAGCAGUGGCCUUGAACCCGGGUGGAGAGAAGGAUCAAGAAUUCAGUUCUGACUCUGAACCUGACACCAAAUCACUCGAAAGCUCAGAAAAAAUAGAAAACUCCUGAGGCAGAUUAUAAAGUUCUGAAUAUGUUUUUCUAAACCAGUUUUUAUUUUCUUUUUUUCUUUUUUAGUUAUUUAUUGAAAAUGAUGAAUGCCUCUUUCAGCUUCGAGUUUUUUUUAGGGGCAUCAUUUCACCAAAAUAUGAUUCAUUUGAACCAGAAAAGUGAGCUGUAAAGAGAAGUGAUCCCAGCACAAUAAAGGCAAAACUUCAUCUCAA